AUGUCGUUCGAUUCCAAUGCCACCAUCAUUCUCAAAAUCUAUUCCCUCCUAACUCUCAUCUGUUGCAUUGGUGCUGCCAUUUUCCAUCUCAUUGCUCUCGGACUCUAUGCCGACCGAACCAAAGAAUCCACUCCAACAGAAACCUAUAUUGCUCUCGGAUUCACUUCUGGAGCUUGUGUCUUGAUGGCCUUUUUUUCCUUCUUUCAUGUCUUGAGAUUGUUAAUUUCCUCAUUAAGGUCGAAUUAUUCAAAAUUUAACAAUGUCAUGUGGUGUUUGUAUGUCGCAAUUUCUGGAUUCACAAUGGGAUGUGGAACUUUGGAAAGUACAAUGACGGGAAUGUUGUAUCGAGGACAGAGAUCGGGAAAUAAUGUGCAAAUUGUGGAUUCAUUGUUUGCUUCGAGUAUUGUGGUGAGUGGAGUGGCAUUGAUGGCAGUGAUGGAUGGAUUAAUGUCACGUGCCAAUCAAAAGUCAAUUUGUUAA